AUGACAAAACCACUAUCCAAAUUUGGGUCGGUUACUUUUGCGGCUUGCGUUGUGGCUUUUUCAAUAUUGCUGGUUUUGCACAAGCCUUUGCCACCUGGCUUCUGUGAAAAAUCGUCAAUUGAUAGAGUGAUUCUGCAUUUGUUUGAGCCGGUUUUACGAGCGUUCUAUUAUUAUCCAUCCCACUACCUCUUCUCCACACCAGAAAAUCAAAUAUGGUGGACUCGUCUCUCCCUGAACACCCUCGCCAAGACGAUGGGUCCCUUUAACUUACUGGAUAGACACACUGUGCUUGUGAAAGAUGCCACGUGGAAUGGGGUACAUGUCCGAACCUACGAACCACGGCUAGUGAAAAAUGCAACUGGUGGAGCUGCCAUUUUUAUACACGGUGGUGGAUUUGCGGUCGGAAGCGUUGAGAUGUACAGUGGACUGACAAGACGAAUGGCGAAAGAAAUGAAUACAUUCGUGGUAUCUAUUGACUACCGUCUUUCCCCGGAAACAGUAUUCCCUGAUAAUCUGCUAGAUUGCGAGAAAGCAGUAGACUACUUGUUUGAAAAUGGUGCUCAGGAGUUUGGCAUUGAUCUCAACAAAGUCGUGAUUAUUGGAGAUUCAGCUGGUGGAAAUCUAGCUACUGUUAUCGCUCAACGUCGUGAGGAGAAAAGUGUGGAGCCCAAGCUAGCAGCGCAAGUGUUACUGUACCCACUGCUCCAGCUGGUAGAUUUGCAAAUGGUGUCGUAUAGAUAUUUUCAUAAGAGACUUGAUGGAUUUGCGUUUGUUGACCCAAGAUCUGUCGCUUUUUACUAUAUGUUAUAUGCUGGUAUUUCAAUGGAAACGGCUCAAAAAUUGGUUCCAUCAGUUAUCACGAAUGGUCAUAUUAAACCAGAGCGUAGAGAUGAAAUUGAUAAGGUUCUAUCCCACCGAUCUUUCAUCGAAGCCACUCAUCUUUAUAACCUAUCAAAGGUCCCAGACAGAUGGGAAGUUCAAGAGAAUCGAGAGGCGCAGGAAAUUCUGGACCCAAUAAUAUUCAACCCAGAUUUCUCGCCUUUGAUGAGAGAGAAUCUAAAAAAUCUUCCCAAAAGCUUGAUAGUCACUUGCGAGUAUGACACCUUACGGGAUGAAGGAAUGAUCUAUGCAGAGAGAUUGAAGGUGCUUUGCAGGAAAUCUAUGAGGGGUCAGGCAGCAAAUGUUUUAAUUAUCGGAAUUGCUAUAAGUGAUAUUGUAUAUUUGAUGUAUUAUGUGGAUGGUGGAACAUGGGAAUAUUUGAAUAAAGCUAUUCCACAGCAAUGCAUCCCCCCAAACUCUCAAAUCUUUGCAUAUUACUCCUGGAUCUUGUUCAUCUUCAAAGACGCAUUUCGUCGGGUAUCUGCGUGGCUUGGAAUGUUCCUGGCGAUUAUAAGAUACCUAAUUCUAAAGUAUGGUACUAGAACCAAAAUUCGGGUAUUAAUGAAAGCUGGAACCAGUUGGAAAGUAUUUUUUAGCCUCUUAUUUUUUCAUUUAGUGGUCACUAUGAUCAAUCAAGGAAGAUAUUUGAUUAUAGAGUAUCCUAAAGGAUGGAAGCCAGAUAAAAGUUGCACUAUGUACCCACCAAAUACAACUUUCCCUUAUUUUGCUCGAGUUCAAAAUCCAGCUAUCGAUGUUUUCUUCCAAGAGCACAUCUCCGAAAAAUACCUUCUAAUAGAUGGAAUUCUCAAAUGCAUUCCUCCAAUUCUCUAUCCAUUUCUUGCUGUUGGUCUAGUUAUAGAGCUCAAAAAAGUUCGAGAAGGCAGAAAAAUUUUGAUGGGGAGAGACGAAGAAAAUGACAUGAUCCAUGUGACUCGUCUAGUUAUAUGCAUGACUAUAGCCUAUUUCUUGUCUGAAACUCCAGUGGGCGUUUCCCAGUUUUAUAUGUCGUUUAUCCAAGGAGAAGGGUUUGGACCAUUAUUUCUUCUGAAUAAUAUUACCAUAAUAUGUGUCACAAUUCUCAUAAUCAAUUCUUCAAUUCAUUGCGUGUUUUGCUUUUUUCUUUCCUCGCAUUAUCGAGAUACGGCAUGGUCAAUGUUAUGCUGUAAAAAACGAAGGGACUCCAGUGUCGGAAGUUCCAGGAAUUUGAGCAUCUCUUACAGAUAA